AAAAUCCCAAACAAGGAAAUGGUGGGGGAAUAAAACGACCAGAUUAUUUAAUUAAUGCAUGUAAUAAUUAAUAUUUUAUUUUAUUGUAAAUUAAUACGUAUUUAUGGGUUGAAAUGGAUUACGACUUCAAAACAAAGCUGGCAGCCGAGAGGGAGAAGGUGGAAGAUCUGUUCGAAUAUGAAGGUUGCAAAGUGGGUCGAGGCACCUACGGGCACGUUUAUAAGGCUAAGCGCAAAGACGGGAAAGAUGAAAAGGAAUAUGCACUGAAACAAAUAGAAGGCACUGGAAUAUCAAUGUCCGCCUGCAGGGAAAUCGCUCUGUUGCGAGAACUGAAGCACCCGAACGUGAUCGCACUUCAGAAGGUGUUCCUGUCUCACAGUGACAGGAAGGUCUGGCUGCUCUUCGACUACGCGGAACACGACCUGUGGCACAUCAUCAAGUUCCACCGCGCCUCCAAGGCCAACAAGAAGCCCAUGCAGCUGCCCCGAGGGAUGGUGAAGUCUCUCCUGUAUCAGAUCCUGGACGGGAUCCAUUACCUCCAUGCCAACUGGGUUCUACACAGGGAUCUGAAACCAGCCAACAUCCUGGUGAUGGGAGAAGGUCCUGAACGAGGAAGAGUCAAAAUAGCCGACAUGGGUUUUGCCAGACUUUUCAACUCCCCCCUGAAGCCGCUGGCGGACCUGGACCCGGUGGUGGUGACGUUCUGGUACCGGGCCCCCGAGCUGCUGCUGGGGGCCCGGCACUACACCAAGGCUAUCGACAUCUGGGCCAUCGGCUGCAUCUUCGCCGAGCUGCUGACGUCGGAGCCGAUCUUCCACUGCCGGCAGGAGGACAUCAAGACCAGCAACCCCUUCCACCACGACCAGCUGGACCGCAUCUUCAGCGUCAUGGGCUUCCCCGCAGGUAAUAAAGACUGGGAGGACAUCCGGAAGAUGCCGGAGUACCCCACGCUGCAGAAGGACUUCCGGAGGACCACGUACGCCAACAGCAGCCUGAUCAAGUACAUGGAGAAGCACAAGGUGAAACCGGACAGCAAGGUGUUCCUGCUGCUCCAGAAACUCCUCACCAUGGACCCCACCAAGAGAAUCACGUCGGAGCAGGCGCUGCAGGACCCCUACUUCCUGGAGGAGCCCUUACCCACCACCGACGUGUUCGCCGGCUGCCAGAUCCCCUACCCCAAACGAGAGUUCCUCAACGAAGACGAGCCCGAGGAGAAGACGGACAAGAACCAGACCCAGCAGCACCAGCAGCACCAGCAGCACCAGCAGACGACGGGCCAGAACCAGGCCCAGAACCAGCAGCAGACGGGGGCCCAGCAGGCCUCGUCCCAGCAGAGCUCGGCUCAGACCAACGGCACCGCCGGGGCCACCGCCGGUGGGGGCUUGCAGCACGGUCAGGACCAGGGCCCGCCCAACAAGAAGCCCCGGAUCGGGCCGGCCGGGGCCUCCUCGGGCCCCGGGGUGCUGCAGUCGGAGUACCAGCACUCCAGCUCUCGCCUCGGUUACCAAAACACUCAGAGUUCCACUCAGCCCCAGAGCACCAUGGGAUACACGUCGUCCUCCCAGCAGAGCUCCCAGUACUCCCACCAGAGCCACCGCUACUGAGACUCCCAGGGGCCCCCAGGGGAACCCCCCUGGAGCCAACACCGGACCGUCUCCCGUCCUCACAUUCCAGCUCAGACAUCACCUCACCGUUCAUCUGCAGGAACAGCCGGGGAAAAGCGCA